AUGGCUACGGCGGUGGCAGCUGCAGCUGGAAGAGAAGAACGAGAGGGAAGAAGAGGAAGAGGGGAAGGUGGCUGUGGCUAUGGCUGCAGCUGCGGUAGCAGCUGUGGUGGCGGCGGUGGCUGCGGUAGCUACGGUUGCGACGGUGGCUGCAGCUGCUGCUUUUGGGAAAGAGAAAGAAAGGAAUGGGAAAAAAAAAGGGUUGUGGCCAUGAUUGAGGCUUUGGCGGCAACGGCUGCGUUUGCAGUAGCUAUGUCUGCGAAAGAAGAGGAGGAAGAAGGCAGUGCGGUGGAAGGGGCUGCGACUGUGGCAGCGGUAGCGGCGGUGGCUGCGGCAGCUGCGGCAGCUGCAUUUGGGAAAGAAAAAAAAAAGAAGGAACGAGAGUAA